AUGACAAGUUCAGCGGAAAUGACAACUGGGAAGAUAACUCCUGAAGUGCUGAAGGAGCUACUUCAGUACUACAAUCUCUCGCGUCAGGAGUUUAUUGAGACUUAUAACAUUCAACCGCUUGUUUAUAUUCCCGAACUUCCUGCUGGAGCGAAGACGACCUUUGUAAUUAUGUACACAAUCAUAUUCGUCUUAGCUUUAGUUGGAAAUAGUCUGGUUGUUUACAUUGUGGUGCGUAAACGCGCGAUGCAGACUGCUACCAAUAUCUUUAUAUGUUCCUUGGCGGUCAGCGACCUUCUCAUCACUUUCUUCUGCAUACCCUUCACCUUACUACAGAAUAUCUCCUCGGAAUGGCUUGGAGGUGUCCUAGUUUGCAAGACUGUCCCUUUUGUUCAGACCACGGCUAUUGUUACUGGCAUUCUCACCAUGACCUGUAUAGCUGUGGAGAGGUACCAGGGCAUUGUGUACCCUUUGAAAAUGAAGAGGCAAUACACACCAAAGAGGGCUUACAAAAUGCUGGGGCUUGUUUGGAUAAUAUCUGUCAUUGUAGGAUCCCCCAUGCUAUUUGUUCAACAGUUAGAGGUCAAAUACGACUUCCUGUACGAUCACCAUCACAUUUGUUGCCAGGAGAGGUGGAGGUCUCUAACACACCGACAGGUUUACGCCACCUUCAUCAUGGUGGCGUUAUUUCUCCUGCCUUUGGCUGCCAUGCUGUUUCUAUACACCCGGAUCGGUAUCGAGCUGUGGAUCCGUAAACGCGUGGGAGACUCCUCCGUACUCAGUACCAUGAACCACAGAGAAGUCAACAAGAUCUCAAGAAAAAAGAAGCGUGCUGUGAAAAUGAUGAUCACCAUCGUGCUGCUCUUCACCAUCUGCUGGGCUCCUUUCCACACGGUUCAUAUGUUGUUUGAGUACAAUGACUUGGAGAAGAACUAUGAUGAGGUGACGGUUAACAUGAUCAUUGCUGUGGUCCAGGCGAUAGGCUUCUUCAAUUCCUUCAACAACCCCAUCAUCUACGCCUUCAUGAAUGAGAACUUCAAGAAGAGCUGCGUGUCCACUCUGUCGGCCUGCCUGCGUCGGCCCAUCCGCAGGGGUGGUGCCCACCAGCAUUCCAACCCCAGCGUGCAGUUCAGAAAGCCCCUCAAACGGAGGGCGCUGAACGGAGAAGUCAUGGAUGCUGAGUCAAAGCUCAACAUCAACCAGAAUACAGUGUCUACCUCUUCUCAAGGAGAUAUCUCCACAGCGUUUGCAGUGGAGAAAGCCACCACUCUCCACACACAACUGCCCGCCAGUACCUCCUAUUCCACAUGA